AUGGUUUUGUUUUAUACACUUCCCAAAAAAAACUUUUCCUUUCCAAUCGAAAUUGCAAUGAAAAAACAUAUAAUACCUCUUUCACUUCUUCCUAUGACGAGCGAACUGUUCGCGCGCAAACACUCUCUCACCGCGCACACAGAAAGAGACGCAGACACAUCGACAGUCGAUUUUCUUCUUCCACGUCCUCGCGGAUCCUCUCUGUGCGCGGAAGUUCCACAAUCCGCCUUCGUGUUCCAACAAGACAGUGCAGAAGAUAAAUCUUCAUGGGGACACCAAUCGGUUGGCUAUGGCGAGUUGGAGGUUGAGGACAAAACUGAAAAUGUCGUGGAGGAAACAAACACGUUUUUCAACAAGAUGGGGAUUCCAAAUGUUUCGACCACGGUCCCACAGACACUAAUGAUAAAAACUACUCAAAACAAAAUAUGCAGUGUGAAUCGUGAUCGGAACGUAGGGACCGUGGGAAUUCGUUCAAAAUACAAGAAUUCGUUGAAAGGUGUGGUCACUUGGAGCAGUCCAAAGCUAAUCUCUACAAUAUCAUGUCGAGUCAACGAAAAUCUUCCUAUGGUCCAUUACAAGGUUCGUGUCUUUACUCCGAACAGUCAAAUAAUCGAGAAGUUCUCCGUCCCAAGGAAAACCGAUCUACACAAGAGUUCAGGUAUCUUCACGGAGACACUCUAA